AUGUCUGCUGUCAUCCCUGACUCUGCUGCCGCUGAGCAGCCACCACCCUUGCCUCAGCCACUGGCUGUCCUUGCUGAACAACUUUCAAAAGGGUCCGAAGCCAGCGAUGCCGAUUUUGUUGGGGUUCAGACUUCUCUUGCGACGGUGAAGGUGGCCGAACUGAAGGAAAUUGCCAAAUUUCUGGAUGUUCGGUUGACUGGAGCAACAAAGAAGGCUGACAUCGUGGAGCGCUUGGUGUCGAUGUUCAAGAUUGGUUUGGCUGGUGCUGCUGAUGCGUCGUCCUCUGGUGCUUCCGUUGGACUGCAGUAUAUAACUCAAGACGUUCGGGGCACUUUGUCUUCGUCGCCUCGUUUCAACGAGGUGCAAGACUGGUGCAAGGAGUUUCGUGCUGCUGUGAAGCGGUUCCACUUCAUGGAUUUAUUGACGUACUUGGUCUAUGGACGAGACAAGACGUUUGAUAUGGAGAGCAUGAAGGCAUUUAGGUCUUUGAAGGCGUCCCAAUUUUUUGCCGAUGGCUUUGUGAAGAAUGUGUGGAGCAAGCAAUAUCCUGCAUCUGGGGAGAACGGUGUGGCAAUCUCCUAUCUCCGUGCUUACGUCCACCAUUCCUUGUCGUGUGAUACACCGCUCACCGUGUAUGUGUCGUUGAACACUGAGACUGGUGAAGUCUACGCUGCGCAAUGCAGCUGUAUUGCCGGGCUGGGAGAGGCGUGCAAUCAUGUUGCUGCCCUACUCUUCUUCAUUGAAUCCGCUGCAAAAAGGAAUCUGGUGGAGCUACCCGUGGAGUUGUCUAAAACGUCACAACCUAUGCGCUGGAAUCAGCCUCCAAAGAAGCAUGUCGAUCCUCAGCCACUCGCCAAUAUGGAGUUUGUGAAAGCUUGCCAUGGCAUGACUGAUGAUGAAGUGGAGAGGAAGCAGCUGCGAGCGGAGUUUGAUCCCCGUGCACCGUCACACCGCCAAGUCACAUCUGCUGACGCACUCACCUUGCAGGAGGCAUUAGCAGCGGGAAAGGCAUCAGCCAAGAACUGUGGGUUCUUCCAUUUCUGGGAAGUCGAAGACCAGUCAUCAGGACUUGCUGCUACUUCAGUUAGCCAACCCAAGGCCCUUUCGCCAUUGGUCCUGUUCCAUUCUGACAGGCUUCCAGGUGGAACGAGUGAAGAUGCCCUUGGUCGAUAUACCGGACCACUGUCCAAGUACGGUGUAUCCCAAAAGGAAGUGGAAGACUUCACCAAAGGCCAGACAGACAACUCGUGGUGGUUCGACCUACGCCAUGGGCGCCUAACUAGCUCACGAUUUGGUGACAUCGUUCGCUCUCGAGCCCAGGAGCCAGUCUCGCUGCUGGCCGGUAUCAUGGGAUACACCACCAUUUCCGCUUUGCCACCUGCCAUGCGAUGGGGAGUGGAGAAUGAGCCCAGGGCGAGGGACAUGUACCUCAGUGUGGCACUCGAAGAUGGAAAGAACAUCACCGUGAGAGAGUGUGGUCUUAGCCUCCAUCGUGACUACCACUUCAUUGGUGCGAGUUCUGAUGGACCUAGCCGCCUGUGA